AGUCCCGAAACUAUACCGUUUUCAUUAAGUAUGGAUAAAGAAAAUAAGAAAAAGAUUUAUGAGUAUAUUCAUAAUAACUCUGUUACACCGACACCACAACCAAAAGAACAAUUACCAAAGCGUCCUGUUCAAAUUCCAAAAAAGUUUCCUAAACAGCAACAACAACCGCCACCAAACUUGUCAUUACAAAAGUCGUCGACUAAUGGCGAGCAAGAAAUUGAUAAACGUCCUGUGGCAAAAAUGACUUAUGAACAAGAACAGGCUGAGAGACGUCGUUUAUUGGAAGAGAAUGCAAGGCCAACUACAAUAAUCACCAGAUCAAAAUCGAAAGAGGUUUCAAAACCUGGCCCGACUAGUAAGGUUGACAAUAAUAACUCUAAAGUGCAAAUACCAAAACCUCCUGAAAGAAAAAAUAUAUAUCAAACUCCUGUUCGGAAUUCAGAGAAAUCUCAAUCACAUGUGAAAGAGAUAAUGCCUUCGGCAGAAGUACCUCCCACAAUUCCAAAACACAAUGUGGUGUUUUUAGAUAGUGCUAAAAAAAUCCAAUAUACUCCCAAAAAUCAAAAAUUGUUACCACGCAGAACUUCUUUCACGGGCAAGGAAGAAACACCUAUUUCAUUUUCAACCAUACACUCUUUUGGAAAAGCACAACGCGUAUUGCCGUCAAGCAAGACAUUAGCUGACGUUCGAACCGAUGACCAUAUUCCGUUAGAAGAACAAUUGACGCCAACAAAGUCACCUUUGCCUGAACUGCUAACUAGUCGCAGGCGUUCUAAAAUAUUUCAAAGUCCAGUGGGAAACGUACCUGGGAAAGCUAGACGCGUAAAGGUAUCAAUAUUAAAAGAAGCUGAUAAGGACAAUUCAGAUGCAACGCCCACAAUGCCAUUAGAAUUUAUUACACCUACGCAAUCGCCAUUGAGAAUGUCAACACCUACGCAAUCGCCAUUGAGAACGUCAACACCUACGCAAUCGCCAUUGAGAACGUCAAUAUCUCGUCGACGUUCAAGGAUAUACUCUAGCCCGUCCUUAAAUAUUUCGGGAAAACCUAAACGUGUUAAAAUAAUAGAAUCAAUAGAAGGUCUUGGUGAUGAAGGAAAAGUUAAAAAUGAUGACCUGGAUUUCGCCAAUACAAAUGCAAUCAAUUUAACUCCAUUAAAUCCUCGCAAGCGUUUGUCAAUAUUUCCUAGUCCAUCGGUUGAAGUGUCGGAAACUUCACAACAGUUCGUAAAGAUGAUAACAAACAAAGAUCUCAAUGAUGACAGAGACAUGGUGUAA